AUGCAUCAAUCUCUAUCAGCUCAUCUAUUUCUCGUGGGAAACAUUGGGCGUUAUGGAAAUCUCCCUGUCACCAAAAUCAUUUUCAAAAGAUAUCCUGAGGAUAAUAAUCUCGAUAGUGGUAUAAUUUCGAGAGUGACGAUCGAUGUUGAAGAUGUUUGGUUCUGUAUUUCAUUGCACGUUUGUUGGUUCGGGAUUUGUGGAGCAUACGGAAACUUGGCAAUCGAGGCACGAGGGUGGUUUUGUAUUUUGAAUUAUGGCGAUGCAUCGAGGGCAGGAGAAGAUCUUUGA